AUGAUCAAGUACGCUCGACCCCUCCGCCUUUUGCUACUGCUAACGAAUACAUCUCUUACAGACUUCGAUUAUCCAACUAUGUCUCGCCAGGUGUCCAUCUCAUCGUUACCUUUCUCCUCCAGGUCUCGCUCCCCUCUCACCUCCUCUACCGCACCGUCCAACACUGCUUUCCCGGUAUCGACCGUCACCUCGGAUGGGGUUGCUACACCGUGCUCGGGUCACUCUUA